AUUCCAUAAAUAAUUUAAAGAGGGUAGAAAAUUCUGCCCUUCAUUUAAAAAUUGAAUGUUUCAACAUGUAUUUAAAAAGCGAUUCAGGCUUAGGAGGAUGGAUAGCCAUACCAGCUGUAGCUGAUGUUCUCAGAUAUUCUUGCAUUGUUUGCUGGUCUUCUAGGGAAAAGAACAAUGUGGAACAGGACCUUAAAGAGAAGGAAGACACAGUUAAGCAGAGGACAAGUGAGGUUCAGGAUCUUCAAGAUGAAGUUCAAAGGGAGAGUGUUAACCUGCAAAAACUACAGGCCCAGAAGCAGCAGGUGCAGGAACUCCUUGAUGAGCUGGAUGAGCAGAAAGCCCAGCUGGAAGAGCAGCUCAAGGAAGUUAGGAAAAAGUGUGCUGAGGAGGCCCAGCUGAUCUCUUCCCUGAAAGCUGAAAUAACUAGUCAAGAAUCUCAGAUCUCCACUUAUGAGGAAGAGCUGUCAAAAGCUAGAGAAGAACUAAGUCGCCUACAGCAAGAAACAGCACAAUUGGAAGAGAGUGUAGAGUCAGGAAAGGCUCAGCUGGAACCUCUUCAGCAGCACCUACAGGAAUCACAACAGGAGAUCAGUUCAAUGCAGAUGAGACUGAUGGAAAUGAAAGAUCUGGAAAAUCAUAAUGACCAAUCAGAUUGGCGCAGUAGCCCACAAAGCAUUCUUGUAAAUGGUGCUACAGAUUAUUGUAGCCUCAGCACCAGCAGCAGUGAAACAGCCAACCUGAAUGAACAUGCUGAAGGCCAGAACAAUCUAGAGUCUGAGCCCAUACACCAGGAGUCAUCAGUGAGAAGUAGUCCUGAAAUAGCACCUUCUGAUGUGACUGAUGAAAACGAAGUUGUGACUGCAGCUGGUAAUGAAAAAGUUAGUCCCAGAUUUGAUGAUGACAAGCAGUCAAAAGAGGAAGAUCCAUUUAAUAUAGAAUCAAGUUCACUGACAGAUCCAGUUGCAGAUACAAACUUGGAUUUUUUCCAGUCCGAUCCUUUUGUUGGCAGUGAUCCUUUCAAGGAUGAUCCUUUUGGAAAAAUUGAUCCAUUUGGUGGUGAUCCUUUCAAAGGUUCAGACCCAUUUGCAUCUGACUGCUUUUUUAAGCAGUCUUCUACUGACCCUUUUACCACAUCAAGUGCUGACCCUUUCAGUGCAUCCAGCAAUAGCAGUAAUACAUCGGUAGAAACUUGGAAGCACAAUGAUCCAUUUGCUCCUGGUGGAACAGUUGUUGCAGCUAGUGAUUCAGCCACGGACCCUUUUGCUUCUGUUUUUGGAAAUGAAUCAUUUGGAGAUGGGUUUGCUGACUUCAGCACAUUGUCAAAGGUCAACAAUGAAGAUCCUUUUAAUCCUUCCACAUCAAGUUCUGACAGUAAUGUGGUCAUUCCAAAAACUGUGUUAGAGGAAACAUCCACCAAGAGUGAGGAUGUACCUCCAGCACUGCCGCCCAAGAUUGGAACUCCAACAAGACCCUGCCCGCCACCUCCUGGGAAAAGACCCAUCAACAAAUUGGAUUCUUCUGAUCCCUUUAAACUGAAUGAUCCAUUUCAGCCUUUCCCAGGCAAUGAUAGUCCCAAAGAAAAGGAUCCUGAUAUGUUUUGUGAUCCGUUCACUUCUACUACCACUACCAAUAAAGAGGCUGACCCAAGCAAUUUUGCUAACUUCAGUGCUUAUCCCUCUGAAGAAGAUAUGAUUGAAUGGGCAAAGAGAGAAAGUGAGAGAGAAGAGGAGCAAAGACUUGCCAGACUCAAUCAGCAGGAACAAGAAGACUUGGAACUGGCCAUUGCACUUAGCAAGUCGGAGAUCUCUGAAGCAUGAAGUCAGCAGUGCUGUUCUUGAAUACUGAAGCUAUUUACCAUGUGCAUCAAACUACCUAUGAGCAUGGGAUACAAAACGUUUGAGAGUCCUGUAAAUGUGACAAAAGCAUAACUUGGUUUUUGGGUUUUUUUUGGGGGGGGGGGGGGUUCUAUUUUAACUGUGUCCUUUAAUUUUUUCUUCCAAAAGCAGUACCCUAAUUAGACAGCUUACUCUAGACCCCUGUUCUGGUGCGCAUUUACAGUGAACUCUUGCCUGCUUAUAUAUUUCCUGUAAAGCUAGAGCUAAGCCUCUGCGUUCUGGAACCUAGCAGAUAUAGUUUUGCGCUGUGCUGCCCUUGUUCUGUAAUUCCUAUGACAGCAGCUAGAGUUCUGAAGGUGUGCAAGUAUUCUCCCUGAGCUGAGUGGUUGGAGGAGGGAAGGGAAAGAGCAUCCUGUUACUUUCGAUCGGUACAAAACAUUAAAAAAGUAAAGUGCAUUAUAUGUACUUCUGGAGAAAAUACAUUUUGUUAUUUAGAGAUGGGAACAUACUCCCCACUGUUGAAAACUAGUUGAAUUAAGUUAAACCAUUAUUGUUCUAGGCUCAAGUAAUUCCUAAAUAAAAGCAUUAAAGCCUUGUGUGUGAAACACAUUUUUAAAACAAUUUUUUCUGGACCUAAAGAAUUUUAAGAUUAAUGGCUGCAUAUUUCCUAGUUUAAAAAAAAAGUGCUUACAAAUAAAAUUUGUAAGGAAAUGUUCAUUUUAAGUGCUAGUGAGGAAAACUUGUGACUUAAAAUGCAACCUGUUAGUUUAAGCAAACACUUAGCCUGAACCCAUCUGCCUUGGCAGCUGCACUGACCUUAGUUCAGAAGUGUCCUGAACUAGAAUUGGAAAGUACUUUUGUUUUCAUUAUGUGUUUUGCUUCUUUAGUGGGGCCCAGCUAUUUGCAGUGAUUUAAUGGAAGAAGUAACACAUAUCCUCUUGCUUUUUGUCCAUAUUAGUUGUUUCAAUUACUUUGUUUGCUUGCUUUAUUUUUUUCACUCAUAAAAUUGGAAAACUACCCCCCACACACCCAAAAUCCUGGUUUUUAAAUAGAAAAAAAAAUAAAUAGACUUUCCAAAUUAUCAGAACCCUGCCUUUGUUAAAAGCCCAUCUUCUGCUCAACUGGCCAUCUUCUGACAGCUGGCUUUGAAAUGGACUGUGAAGUAGACUAUAAAUUGUAUCUUUUUUUUAAACACAAGUUACUAAUUUAGUGUUUUCAACACCAAGAUAAAAAAAAUGAACCUACAAACUAAUUAAAAAUUUUAAUUUUUAAAAUUAAGAAGUCACAAGUUAAGGUGGUAUUGAACUGUGUUAACCAGAGUAACUUACUGCCUGGCCUGUAAAGAAAUUUACAGUGUCUAAUCAGUCCAUCUUGAAAUGGUGCUUUUUUUUUCUUUACACACACUAUUGAAUGGCUGGAAUUUAAAACAAACUUAAACCACUUUCUUGCACUGCUAACUUUUUUCUACUUUUGUAAAUAAAUAUUUCAGCAUAAAGUCAAACAUGUGAAGUAAGGGCUGAAUCCUAAUCCCAAGGCUUUAGCAGUGAUAGCUAAUCCAGUGGCCUGAGUAUUUGCUGCAGACACUGAUUGCGAAGGUCAGGCUGGGAGUUGUGGUAGGCAGUGUUCUCUGUUCCCUUUCCUCUCACGCUUCAGGAGAAAGGUAAGUUGACUUGAAUAACCUUCUUUUGCACUGAGAAAAGUGAAAAAUGUUUGAAAUGCUUUUAAAAAUUUUAAUUAAAGAAAACUCUGGAAAUAUUAAAUAUCUGUAACUUAUAAACAGCAACUUUUGAUGUGCAGUAAAGUUUGCCCUAAUCUCCAGUGCUCUUAGCUGAGUCCUAGAGACUCAUCCUUGGUUAAGAUGUGUAUACUCCGUGGGCCAAUAUCAUACUAAAAUGUGUAUAUAUUAUAUAAACAUAUCUAUGUCUUCAUGCUUGAUUGUAUAGGACGAAUGUCUUAAGAGUCAUUUGUGAUGUUUUAUGGUGUUGACCCUGGCUUCAAAGCCUGCGCUUGAAAUAAAGAUGAAGUUUUAACCAUC